CCCCCCCCGGCGCGGUCCCCUCACGGCGGCGGCUCCAUUUUCUCGCGCUCCCGCGGCCCCCGCGCAGCGCCCGCUCCGCCUCAGCCCCCGGCCCGGAGACACCCGCCGCGACACCGCCGCGCCGCCAUGAAUGAGGAGUACGACGUGAUCGUGCUGGGCACCGGCCUCACGGAAUGCAUCCUCUCCGGGAUCAUGUCCGUGAACGGGAAGAAGGUCCUUCACAUGGAUCGUAACUCCUACUAUGGAGGGGAAAGUGCAUCCAUUACACCCCUGGAAGAUCUCUACAAAAGGUUUAAUCUCCCGGGGACUCCACCAGAAUCCAUGGGGCGGGGAAGAGACUGGAACGUGGACCUCAUUCCGAAAUUCCUGAUGGCUAACGGUCAGUUGGUGAAGAUGCUGCUCUACACAGAAGUGACUCGUUACUUGGACUUCAAGGUGAUCGAGGGCAGCUUCGUCUACAAGGGGGGGAAGAUCUACAAAGUCCCCUCCACCGAGGCAGAAGCUCUGGCAUCCAGCUUAAUGGGGCUGUUUGAGAAGCGCCGGUUCCGGAAGUUCCUGGUGUACGUGGCCAACUUCGACGAGAACGACCCCAAGACCUUCGAGGGCGUCGACCCCAAGAAAACCACCAUGAGGGACGUGUACAAGAAGUUCGACCUGGGCCAGGACGUCAUCGACUUCACCGGCCACGCCCUCGCGCUCUACAGGACUGACGACUACUUGGACCAGCCCUGCCAGGAGACCAUCAACAGGAUCAAGCUGUACAGCGAGUCUCUGGCCCGGUACGGGAAGAGCCCCUACCUGUACCCCCUGUACGGGCUCGGAGAGCUGCCCCAGGGAUUCGCCAGGCUCAGUGCUAUCUAUGGAGGCACCUACAUGCUCAACAAGCCCAUCGAGGAGAUCGUGAUCGAGAACGGCAAAGUGGUCGGGGUGAAGUCUGAAGGGGAGGUGGCUCGCUGCAAACAGCUCAUCUGCGACCCCAGCUACGUGUCGGACCGCGUGACCAAGGUGGGCCAGGUGAUCCGGGUCAUCUGCAUCCUGAGCCACCCCAUCAAGAACACCAACGACGCCAACUCCUGCCAGAUCAUCAUUCCACAGAACCAGGUCAACCGGAAAUCAGGUGCGGGGGCAGCUCUGGGGAGGGGGAACCACACGGGAAAACGGGCACCGGGGGUGGGGGGCACUGGGGGCCAUUCCCAACCCUUCCGUUCCCAACCCUUGUGUUCCCAACCCUUCUCCUCCCGCAGGUUCGUCAGCAUCAGCGACCUGUUCGCGCCCACCGACCUGGGCACCGAGAGCCAGAUCUUCAUCUCCCGCACCUACGACGCCACCACCCACUUCGAGACGACGUGUGACGACAUCAAGGACAUCUACAAGAGGAUGAUGGGCUCAGAGUUCGACUUCGAGGAGAUGAAGCGCAAGAAGAACGACAUCUACGGGGAGGAGGAGCAGCAGUAAUGAGAGAGCCUCUAAUUAGGAGAAAUUAAAUGGGCUAAUAUGAAUAUAUAAGGAACUUAAUGAACACUGUACGAAAUUCAAUAUUGUAAGGCCUGCUUUUGUAAUCCCAUCUCUGAGAGAUUGAAGAGUUACUGCACUGGUAAUGUUCCCUUUUUGGAUAUCAUGUGUUAAUUAUUCCAUUCUAGUAGGGCUGCUGUCCAGAAUCUGGCAACCCCCCGACCCCCCCCGACUAACCCCCUAAAGAGAAAGGCAGAAGUGAACUUAGGAUGAUGAUGAUGACGAUGAUGAUGAUUAUUAUUAUUUUUGCAGAGUAGACGUUGGUGCAGAUUUGAGAAAUAACAUCUCAUUGACAGCUGUGUCUUACCUUGUCUUUUUAAUCAUUUGUAAAAACAUCCUCCACCCUCCCUCUCCCCCCCCGUGCUUCUGGUGAGCUCGUAGAUGUGACUGUGAACGUCACUCAGACCCGGUGUCGAGGAACGUAGAACCCGAGCACUCCCUCAUUGUGGACAGCAUCCCUAAAAAGUCCCUCCCAUCGACCUUAACUCUCGUGGCAAAGUUGUUAUCAUGGACAAAGCCCACAUCUAUUGUAGCAGCAAACGUUGGCUUCGUUCUGGGCACAGAACUUUAACCUCCACUUCAGCUUCUAAACCUGUUUACAGGGGUUGGGACACAGCUGUGCCUGAGGCUCCUUUGUGUUUUAAUCUUAAUAAAAUUGAGAGAACAAAAAUUGCAGAGCAGGCAAAGAUGUUGGGAGUAUUUUGUGUCCCUGGGGGCUCCUCGGAUGGACCAAAACGGCGCCGCGGUACCGGCAAGGACGGAGCCGGUGCUUCCCGGGGCUCCUCCAGGCUCCAAAUGAUUUCUGUACUGCGAAGUAAAGCCAAAUUCUGGAAACCA